UCAAUUUUUUGUUGGAUUAUGCGUAUAGUGAUAACUUAGUGUAUCGAAAAAAAAAAAUCAAUUUCACAGCUCACUUUGCCAGUAUCUAUACUGUUGCUUUUACCGUCAGCUUCACAAAGCAUCAGAAUCUCUUCUCCACCAAUACUUCGCCCUAGAGAAGAACAUGGCGAUGCCCAUUUCCCAAGAAAUGUAAAGUUUCCACAUUUCUACAUAUCGGAUCAAACUGAGUACUCUGUAAACUGUGUAGUUCUUGAACCAUUCCAAGUUUCAAACAUACAUACUGUCGUUCUGUAUCUUUUAAGCUUUUUACCCUCGAAAUGCACGACCCAACGCGCCUGAAAUCUCAACCCCACCACCACAAUCGCCGCCGUGAACCGCCGUCACAUCAUCGCCGAGCUUGGUGUUGCUCCUUUACUGUACCACCACAUAGUCCGGAGAACCCAGCUGUAGUUCCGGCUCAAAAUCCCAAGAAGACCCAAUCUUUUCUAAAACCGGAAGUACCCACAAAGUCUUCUUCCAAUUCCUUAUCUUCUUUCCCUAAUUCUCCUCAAAACCCCUCCAGACUGACCCGAAUUGACCCACGUCGGAUCCUCUCACCGGGUCGGGUUUCUCCGAUUGAUUCUAUUGACGAAACCCUAAACCCAACUGGUCCGGUUAUUUUCCCUGAGAUACCCAAGUCGCCGACUCCGGUUGAUUGUGAGCAGCAAGCUAGUGGUGGUGUUGGGGUUAGGGAUGAUUGUAGUUUGGGGAUCUUUGAUGUGAGGUUGAAUCUGAAGGGAAAGAAUGGUAGUGGCUUAGUGUUGGAGCUUAGCUCUGAGGUUCUUAGUACCAAUAGUUCUGUUUUUGCUAAUUUGAUUGCUGACUAUCGGAAAAAUUCGAGGGGUUUCUGUAGGAUAGAGGUGCCUGAUGUGGAGAAUUUAGGUGUUUUUCGCGAUACAAUUGAGCUUAUGUUUGAGGAUGAUAUUCCUCGGAAACUUCUCAGGGUGGGUGCUUAUCGCGCCAUUGAUGUGCUCGAGGUAUCAGCUGGAAUCAAAUUCAACCGGAGUGUUUUAUCGUGUUUGAAGUACCUUGAAGCUGUUCCUUGGACUGAGGAAGAGGAAGAGAAAUUGAGAAGAUUGUUUAAUAAAAUGAAGUUUGAUCAUGAAACAGCUAGAGACAUUUCGGCCAGACUCUAUGCUCUAGAUAUGACAGAUUCCCAACAGACUUUGUCUAAGCAGCUUGUUUGGUCUGUGACCACCUGCAUUGAUGCCAAUUCAAGAAACGAGCUAAAAUCCUUAGUCAAGGGUCUCCUGUGCAGAAGCUCAGUCUAUGAAAAGGACUGUUCUGAUCUGAACAAGGUGGAUAUAUUUGCAAUAUGCCUGUCUUGUAUAAGUUCACUUGUUAGUUUGCUUGAGGAGGCAACUGCUACGAGUCCAUCUGUAAAAUUGGCUAAGAAAGAAGACCGGACCUUGAUUGACCGCAUAUCUAAGCAGGUUGACAACAUCAUAUGGCUGCUUGAAAUUUUGCUAGAUCACCAGAUGGCAGAGGACUUGGUGGAUAUAUGGACCAAACAAAGUCAGUUGCUUGCAAUGCAUAACUGUGCAUCUCCAUUGGUCAGAUACGAACUUAGCCGGGUGACAGCUAUGUUAUUCAUAGCAAUGGGCACUGGGAAAAUGCAUUGCCGCUCUGAAGCAAGGUCGGGGCUUCUUCAGACAUGGUUUAGACCAAUGCUGUUGGACUUUGGAUGGUUACAGAGAUGCAAAAAAGGCCUAGACAUGAAGGCAUUGGAGGAAGCGAUGGGUCAAGCACUCCUUACUCUUCCUUUGAAGGAACAAUAUGCUCUGUUUAUGGAUUGGUUCAAGUGUUUCUCUAAGCAUGGUACUGAAUGCCCUAACCUAAGCAAAUCAUUCCAGAUAUGGUGGCGACGAUCGUUCUUGAGAGGCUCUGAAACUCAUGCCAGUGAAUCUAGGUAGAAUUGCUUGUAUUUUUAGUCCUGUUUUCUUUCUAGUGGGAAUGCUGUAACUUGGGCAAUCUGAAACGAAAUCAAUAAUGUAGAUUUACUAAUUGUUGUGAGAGGAAAUGGAAAUCCAAUUCAGUAUAUAUGAUGCUUUUACCAUGAUAGAGGAUCUACUUCUCUUCAAGCAUAAAUACAUAAGAGUAUUGGUAUUGCUUU